AUAUUGGAGUGUGAUUUAGCAAACACGACGUAUCGUCCAUUUGAUUCAUACGUCGCGCUUCUCGUGUGCAAAAUACUCUAAAUUAGGUUCGGCACAUGAGAAGCACGCCAUUUGAAACGGGCCUAAGACGCUGUGAAAAUGGCGUAAAUAUGGCGUGGACCAAUCAUAUGUGGGAAUAUCACGCCAUGUACAAAAGUAUGAAAGUUUAGUUGAGGCAAUUCGUAUGUCAUUACGUAAAUCACUUGCAUAAUAGUAACUUCGGUGUAAAAAGCUGCUAUUUCAACGUAUGCUUAUCGUUUUGUCGAAGUGGCGUAAGUCAAUUCAAGUGUUCGAGUUGUUCUUUCAUCGAUGAAGGCAUCAAAUUCGAGCAAGAUUAGCAACGUUCAAGAAGCAGAAGAAACACCAUUGUUGAACCAAUAUGAAAUAAAAACAUACGCUAAACGUUGGUAUAUAUUGCUGUUGUUUUUCUUUCUCUCUGUUGGACAGGGUGUAUUUUACAAUACUUGGUCACCUAUACAAAGAACUGCUCGGGCAGUGUUUAAAUGGGAUAGCUUUAUGAUAGAUCUAUUACCUGCACUUGGGUGUAUUGGUCCUGCUAUAACAAUUGUCCCAUUAGGAUGGUUAUUGGAUGUAAAAGGAUUAAGAGUCGGGACUCUGCUUGCUGCAGGUUGUCAAUUUUUUGGUUCAGCAUUGAGAUGCAUUCCGACAGCUAAACACUGGACUGUAACAACAAUAUUUAUAUGUAUUGGACAAAUAGUUGGCUGUAUUACUGCAUCCAUUCCCCUGUCGGGAGGGGUGUUAUUGUCAACAACAUGGUUUCCCAGCAACCAACGAGCAACAUCUACCGCAAUUCUUAUGAGUGGUAGUUUUGCUGGUGCAGCGCUGUCCUUUAUUGUUGGUCCAUUGUUUGUAGAUGAUUUAGGAAGUCUUUCGUACAACGAGAUUAACUCAACUCAACGAGAUCAUUAUUAUAAACAAAUACAAACUUUAUUUUUAAUGGAAGCUGGUCUAAAUCUUCUCCUAUUUGUGGUGAUCCUCAUUCAUUAUCCAGCCAAACCCUCACAAACCCCCAGUCGAUCAUCGGGCUCACCACGCUUCAGCACCAAACAUGGUCUUACUCAACUUUUCAGGAAUAGAAGUUUCUUAUUACUGGCUUUACUUUAUGGAGCCAGUUGUGGUGUAUACAGUGGUUGGACCUCUAUUUUAGCACAGAAUCUUGAAGAGUUCAAUGUUGGACAAACAUUUGCUGGCUGGCUUGGGUUCGUAGCUACUAUCGGUGGUGCUUUAACCGGGAUUUUUUGUUCAACAUUUGUUGAUCGUUUUUCUGGUCAUUUGAAAGAUUUCCUUAUAUUAUUGAUGGUUUUAGCGACCAUCUCUAUCCUCAUCGUGUGCUUUAUCUUUUCGAAAGUAAUUCCUUUUAACAAAAUAUUAGUUGCUGUCAUGUUCACUUUCACGGGGAUGUUUGUGAAUGGUGCUCUGCCGUUGUUCUUUGAAUUCGGUGCAGAAAUUUCUUAUCCAGUUGCUGAAGGUAUUGGGAGCUGUAUGUUGAAGUUAACAGAUUAUUGCCUUCAGGGACUGUUUCUAAUAAUCUCAGCGGGAGGUUUUGGUGGAAAAUGGAUGACAUGGGUGAUGAUGGUGUCGAUAUCGGCUACUACGAUACUUUUAACUUGUGUGAAGGAGCGUUAUAAUCGUCUGACUGUUGAUGUUGUCGUACCGACUGAACCCAAUAAUGAGUGAACAAUCGUAUUGCAGAUGAAGCACUGGAAUCUAAAGUCGUGCAUUUUUUAGUAUGGGAGUUACAAAGAUUCUUCAGUUCCGAGGUAGCGAGACAGAUGCUUCGAACAAUUUAAAAACAUACAGAUAAGAUAAAUAUAAAUGAAAAGGACGCUCAGCUUUUAUUCUGUUGACUGGAAAUAGUGAUCACUUUCGAAGAAGCAGUCUUUGGCGUCGAAAAAAAUUUAUCCUACUAUUCAUACACCUGCUCUUCUAAAAUAUUUAAUAUUUGAUAUCUUGUGGUAAAAGACGGCUGAGUUGGUCAAAACUCCUUUGCUACAUAUUGAUGAUGAACUUUUAAUUAUUUAAAAAUAAAAUACUAAAAGUUAAAAUAUAACAAGUUUUUUUUUAAUUCAAUGAACAUGUUUGAACAUGUAUGCAUUUGAGUAGUAAUAUGAUAGAUAAAUUGAUUGUUUAUGGAAUCAUUAGUAUAUAUUUAUAUAAAAAUAUUGCAAUGAAAUCUUGGUUAGAAAUAAUGAUAUUAGGUUGGGUAGUCAUAUUUUAUAUAUUGUGUCCAUAUCUGUCGACACCUUUUAAAAUCACCUUCAUGCAAAACUAACUAUUCACCCUCUUGUUUUACUAACUAUUCACCCUCUUGUUUUAAAAUCAUUGAAACUGCAGUUACUAUAUUUACACUUAAAAUCAAAGAAGCACUUCACAUUAACAAAACUAACCCUAAUCUCAACGUUCAAGUUUUUCGUUUCUAUACUCGUGACUGUAAAAGCAAUCACCGUAUCAUAUUACUACUAUGUAUAUAUAUAUUUAUCAUACGCAUUGUAUUCGUUAUUAUACUGAAGAUGGCAUCACGAGAUGUUGAAACGUGUUUAUUUUAAAAAAAACUUGUAUGAAUGUAUCUAUUAAAUACGCAUUAUUGAUAGGGCUUUCACGAA